AUGUAUUUGAGCGUGCUUACUGUGUUCUUCACACUGUAUAGCGCAGCGAGUGGUCAGCGUGAUUUCCCCCCAGGGUUCAAAUUCGGUGCUGCAACGGCUGCUUAUCAGAUAGAAGGGGGAUGGGAUACUGACGGUAAGGCGCCAAAUAUCUGGGAUGACUUCACUCACAAAAACCCUCACGUGAUCCACAAUCGUUCCAACGGCGACAUUGCGUGUGAUUCAUAUAACUUGUGGCGACAGGAUGUGCAGAUUGCUACAGAUUUGGGCUUGCAUUUUUACAGGAUAUCAAUAGCAUGGUCGAGACUGCUGCCAAAUAGCUUUUCAAAUCAGAUAAACGAAGCCGCAGUGAAAUAUUACAAUAAUGUUAUUGACGGACUUCUGGAGAAAGGCGUCGAGCCAUUCAUUACUUUGUAUCACUGGGACUUACCACAAAAGUUGCAAGAUCUAGGAGGAUGGACGAAUCCCUUAGUUGCCGAUUGGUUUGCAGACUACGCCCGCGUAGCAUUUGCCUUAUUCGGAGAUCGUGUAAAGACAUGGAUUACCAUUAAUGAACCGUUAAUUAUGUGUGAAGCCACAUACUCCAUGGGACUCCACGCCCCUGGUGUAUCCAGUCCCGGUUUUGGAGAUUAUCUUUGCAGUAAGAACGUGAUAAUGGCACACGCCAAAGCAUGGAGGAUUUAUGAUGAAGAGUUCCGUUCGAAAUAUAAUGGUAGAGUGUCUCUAACAAAUCACAUAAUAUGGGUGGAAGCGCAAACAAAGGAGACAGAGGAACUGGCAGAAAUAUCGAGGCAAUUUAUUAUUGGAAUGUUUGCACACCCAAUUUUUACAGCUGCAGGUGGGUGGCCUUCUGCAGUGGAAAGAAUUGUAGCAGAUAAUAGCAAGAAUGAGGGAUAUACCAGGACGAGACUACCACCCUUCACUGAAGAAGAGAAAGAGUUAGUUAGAGGCACGUACGACUUCUUCGGCUUAAAUUUCUAUACAAGCCGCAUUGUCAGAACAGCGAACGAUGGUGAAAAAAUAGGCUCAUUCCCUUUGAGCGGCUGUCCAGAAAUUGGUGUAGUUUACGAACCGUUGGAAUCGUGGCCAAAAGCUGUUGUUGAUUGGUUUUACAUUUACCCCGAAGGGAUGCGCAAAGUAUUGGGUUGGUUGAAAGAAAACUAUGGUGAUCUUGAAUAUGUAAUGCUAGAGAACGGAUUUACAAACGCACGAAGUGGAGUAGAAGAUCCAGAUCGUAUACAGUAUUAUGAAGAUCAUUUAGAACAAGUAUUACUUGCAAUCAAGGACGGAGUCAAUGUAACGCACUUUACCGCGUGGACACUCAUCGAUAACUUUGAAUGGUCUGAUGGUUAUAGGCCGAAAUUUGGUUUGGUGGAAGUGGACUUCAACGACCCACAUCGAAAGCGAACUCCGCGAGCAUCUGCCAGAUAUUACGCUAAUGUCAUACAAAAACACUCAUUAGAUUUACAUUGAUGUGUAAAUGACUAGGUCUAGAAUAUGCACAUAAAAAAUUACACUAUCCCGUAGCCUUCUAUAAUUAAGUACUAGAUACGCUGUACGUGUAUACGAAGUAGGAAUUUAAAAGAACGCGGCUCGGAGUAAGAACUCCUUUCCUACUGACUUGGUUCAUAGUGGUAUAGCGCGAUAUUUUGCUCGUUUUGACAUUGAACUUACCGUAGGACUUGAAGUAGGCGUUACUUUGCGGAAAUCCAUAAUUAUACAAAUUAUUUGAGUUUUCUUUAGUGUUAAUUCCGCCAGUAUUUGUCUUUGAACGAGACUCGUAUCAGAUUUUGGCAAGACAACACGUCCUGAGGAUGCCUCGUGUAGAGGCGAAACACGUGUCGAAUUCUUUAAAGACAAAUAUUGGCGGAAUUAACACUAAAGAAAACUCAAAUCAUUUGUAAAUUAUGGAUUUCCACAAAGUAACGCCUACUUCAAUAAAUUUUCUUAAAUCGGCAGGUAUAGUCGAAUAGGCAAAAUUAUACAUCAAGUUGACCAAGCUUUAGUGUCUGGCAGCUCAAAACGUUUGGUUCAAUCAACAGUGUAAGCAUCUAAAAGUCAUCCCUAAUUAAAUUUAUAAUUAAUUAAUGGUCACAUUGGAACAAAAUUUAAUAAUUCUGAAGUGUCAACCCUGACUGCUCUAAUGUCCUCUUCCCCGCCCCACCACCCCCUUCCUCUUGUAUCGCCCGUUUAUCGACAACAAAUAUGUUCCAAAUUUUACUUUGACACUGUAAAAGAUUAAUCCGUACAAUUAAAGUGCUUGUAUUAUUUUUUAACCUCCCUUUAUUUGUGAAUGUAAAAUGUAAACCAUCUUAGAGUAUUUUAAAGUACUUACCGUGAUUUUCACAAAAAUAUUUUACUUUAUUUCUGAUAUUAUAAUUAUUAUUUCUUAAUUAAAA